CGUUAGUAUUUAGAACCAUUGAUGCAGCAAGUCCAGAAAAUGGGGUAUGGACUUUUUAAAGAUGUUCUACAAGCGGCAAGGACUAGAACGGAAGUCUUAAGUGAUAAAGUACGCCUGAAGUCCCGGUGCUUUAAGGGUGCAUGCCAAGGGGCGGGGUUUAAAGCGGAAGUUGUAAAUCAGGGCCGAAGUCCAACUGAUGAAAGGCGGAAGUAGAGUGCUCAAUGCUGCAAUCAUGGCGCAGGAAGAGGAAGAUGUUAGAGACUACAAUUUGACUGAGGAGCAGAAAGCGAUCAAGGCCAAGUAUCCUCCAGUCAAUCGGAAGUACGAGUAUUUGGAUCAUACAGCGGAUGUCCAGUUACACGCAUGGGGAGAUACUCUGGAGGAAGCAUUCGAGCAGUGUGCAAUGGCCAUGUUUGGUUACAUGACAGAUACAGGGACUGUGGAGCCCCUCCAAACAAUGGAAGUAGAAACACAAGGAGAUGAUUUACAAUCUCUUCUGUUUCACUUUUUGGAUGAGUGGCUUUAUAAGUUCAGUGCGGAUGAAUUCUUUAUACCCCGGGAAGUGAAAGUACUUAGUAUUGAUCAAAGAAAUUUCAAAUUACGGUCAAUUGGGUGGGGAGAAGAAUUCUCAUUGUCCAAGCACCCUCAGGGAACUGAAGUCAAGGCAAUAACAUAUUCAGCAAUGCAGGUGUAUGAAGAGAAGCCAGAAGUUUUUGUGAUCAUUGACAUUUAAGAUACAAAAAACAAACAAAAUCUCCUAUGAAGAACUGUGUUUUUCUCUUCCUUUUGAAAAGAUACCAUGAUAUAAAUUCUACAAUGUCUGAUGAUAUACAAUGAUACACAAAACAAAUUUUUGAUUUAAAAGUGUAACUUUCACAAAUGGGAAAUGAAGGCAUUGCCUUGGUCUAUGUUAACCAGAUAUUCAAAUGCUAAAGAAUUCUUCACAUGGCAAGUAUGGUUCCUCAUUUACUCGCUGCUGAAGCAGCAGGGGCCUCACACCCUUCCGGUGGAAUGCCAGCUCUCCAGCCUGGUCCCGGAAUGGACCGUAUGGACACUUUCUUGUUUUCCUGUAAGAAAAAUGUAAUGCCCUCACAAGUGGGCCCUUCCUUCUAACAUGUAAUUUUAUAUUAAAACCAGUUUAUUUAUACAGUUAGAGAAGAACACCAAUGUGUGAGAAACAUCUAUUGAUUGCCUCUUGCACUCCCCCAAUCAGGGAUGUGACCCACAACCCAGGCCUGCGCCCUGACUGGGAAUCUGACCAGCGACAUUUGGGUUCAAAGGCGCUCAACCCACUGAGCCACAACAGCCAGGACGGAACUUUUUAAAAAUGUACUUGUUUUUAAAAAAUUACCUAAGCUCUUUAUUUCUAAGGAGACAGGAGUCUAGGAAAAUGACUAAAAUGAUCUGAACUUUUCAAAGUAGAUGACUUUAAAAAAAAUGAAAUUGCUGUGGUUUGACUUGCAACAUUAUUCUUUUCAUUAAUUGGUGUGUUCUUGUGAUACAAAAGGUUGCAAAGUUGCUAUUUAUUCACACAAAUGUGAGGAGAGAUUGCCACUGGCAGUGCUAAAUAUUAUUACAUUAGGCUGAACUCGACCUCAGAGGAAGCGAUUGUGAGCUUUCCAAGUGUCCUUCCUGAGCACUGCAUUAUUUUCCCUGGGUAUUUAACAGCGAGGCUAAUGAAGGCUGGGCGAAGCGCCUGUGGCUCUUCAGUACCUAGUGGGAUCAAUGGCGUAGUGCUUCAUAACCUUCUUUAAUCUUAGGCACAUUUUGCACGUUUGGAUUCCGGCCCUCCAAGCAAGAAAUGUCUAGAAUCUCUACCUUUUGUUAGGAUGAAUUUCCAGACUGAGGUGGGGCUCUUUUUUCAUGAACCUCUUUGCACAUCAUAGGCUAUGUGGGGGGUUGAUGUGAAAAAUAAACAAAGGGAUACCAUGAGAGCCACAACUAAAGUAAGACUCUUGGGAUAUAUUAAGCCAAGUAGGGUACCAGCCUGACUCAGAGGAAAAGCACAGACAUUUCUCUUACCACCAAUGCUAUAUAAUGGGGUUCAGUAAAAACAAGUCAGACAUUGUUAUGCAAUACAAAUUGUUUUUAUAGUAAGUAUAUAAUCUAAUACAAUUUUAAACAUUAGUUUGUUGGUUUUAAAAUACACUAAAAUGGCCCUGGCUGGUGUGGCUCCGUUGGAGCGAUGUCCCAUACACGAAAAGGUUCCAGGUUCUAUUCCCAGUCAGGGAACACACCUAGGUUAUGUGUUAAAUCCCUGGUUGGUGUGUGUGUAUUCAACCAAUCGACGUUUUUCUCCCUCCUGCCCUCCCUUCCUCCCUCUCUACAAGCAAUAAAAAAAAAAAUGCCCUUGGUCGAGGAUUAAAUAAAUAUACCAAAAUGAAGAUACUACAUGGCAGAAAAA